AUGAAGCAUUUCUUUCCGGGUGGCAAUUCGACACGCAGCUCGUCCUUUCUUUGCUGCUGCUGCAGCAGCAGCAGCAGCAGCAGCAGCAGCUGCGGCAGCAGCGGCAGCAGCAGCUGCAGCUGCAGCAGCAGCUGCAGCUGCAAUAGCAGCUGCAGCAGCGGCAGCGGUAGCAGCAGCUGCAGCAGCAAAAUCAGCAGCAGCAGAAGCAGCUGCAGUAGCAGCAGCAGCUGCUGCUGCUGCAGCAGCAGCAAGGGGAGGGCAGCAGCUGCAGCAGCAGCUGCAGAAGCGGCUGCAGCAGCAGCAGCUGCAGCGACAAGGCAGCUGCGUGCUUUGAACUUGUGCUCAGCAGCAGCAGCUGGGAUCGGCAGCUCUGCUGCAGAUGUGCAAGAAAGUGCAUGCAAAGAUGAGGGGCCGCGGAGUGGGGUGUACGUACACCCCGAGUUGGUCAGCAGCAGCAGCAGCUGCUGCUGCUGCUGCUGCAGCAGCAGCAGCAGCUCUUCUUUCAAAUGUGCAAUUGAGAAACUAAACCCGAACUUGUGUUUGUAA